CACCAAUCUUUGUAUUAACUUGACACAACAGGACAGCUUAUUUUAUAUCUUCUCGACGUCCGCCAUAACAAAGCUUAAUCUCGGCCCGAACAACUUUUACUCGUAUUUUUCGAAUUCGCUUCACGUUGCCACCAUGGGCAACACCACCAGCGCAGUCCUGGACAACCUCGUCCAAGGAUCCAACUUCGACAGAGAGGAAGUUGAUCGUCUGCGAAAGCGAUUCAUGAAACUGGACAAGGACAACUCCGGUACGAUCGAGCGCGAUGAAUUCCUCAGUCUUCCUCAGAUCUCUUCCAACCCUCUGGCAACACGAAUGAUUGCCAUCUUUGACGAGGAUGGUGGUGGUGACGUCGAUUUCCAGGAGUUCGUUACAGGUCUUUCGGCGUUUAGCAGCAAGGGAAAUAAGGAGCAGAAGCUUCAAUUCGCCUUCAAGGUCUACGAUAUUGACCGCGAUGGAUACAUCAGCAACGGAGAGCUUUUCAUUGUCCUCAAGAUGAUGGUUGGCAGCAACCUCAAGGACCAGCAGCUGCAGCAGAUCGUGGACAAGACCAUCAUGGAGGCCGAUCUUGACAAGGAUGGAAAGAUUAGCUUCGAGGAGUUCACCAAGAUGGUGGAAAACACCGAUAUUAGCAUGAGCAUGACUGUUGACCAGUUCUAAACGACCGUCUAUCAGCAAAAGAGUGCGUGGGGGGUUGUGGUAUAAAUGUACAACGUCACUAUGAACUUAAGGCUCAUGGCUGGCUGCAUUCGGGCAUGGAUAGGGUGAGGGGGCUGGAACACCUAGCGAAUCUACAAACACAAUUACAAUUAUGAUCAUGAAUUAACGCCUA